CCUUCCUGUUCACAACGUUGUUAAUAAUAAGGAUUUACUUGAUAUAACUACUGAAAGUUCUCCCGUAUUAAUAAAAGCUGUUGAAGUACGUUCCCACUUGAGAGAACAAGAUGGUAUAGAAAUUUCAGCAUCUACGAUACGCCGUAUACUUCGUAGCUAUGAAGAUGAGACGGAAUUGGAGUGUGAAAGGGUUGGUGAUACAAUAAGAGAGAGAAAUCGGGAAAAAAGCUUCGAGAUUAAGUCCAAACCAUCUAAUCUGUCGUUCAAUCAGGCACAUGGUUGUAUUUCCUCCGAAAUAAAAUUUCACUAUAAUCAAAAAGUAGAACAGGGUUUAAUCAGUGAGCUAUUUGAAUUUAUCAGGAAUAAUGAUCUAUAUCCUUAUAAAUUUAUAUAUCCAGCUGUAUAUAUUUAA